GAAUGUUUGAGUUGAGUAGAGUUGUAUCUCACCAACAGCGUUUUUUGUCUUUUGGUGUGGAGCUUUGGCCAAACAUCUAGCUACAAUGUCGGGCUUUGACGAUCCAGGAUUGUUUUUCAGUGACCCUUUCGGCACUGAGGAGCAGCCUCAAGAGGAGAGAGCUGCACGGGUUCAGUCGAAGCAGGGGUUCCGCAAUUUCAUUCGCGAAUUUAGUGAAAGCAAUUUCAACUAUCGUUACAGGGAGCAGCUGAGACGCCGUUACAAUGUUGGACAGUAUUGGAUUGAAGUGGAGAUUGGUCACCUUUCCACCUACGAUGAGGAACUGUGCUCUCGUCUCCUCAAGCAACCUUCAGAAUACUUGCCGUUGUUCGAGGAUGCGGCAAAGGAGAUGGCUGAUGAGCUUACCCAGCCGCGCCCCGUAGGUCAGGAGGUGAUGCACGACGUUCAGGUUCUGUUGAACUGGGACGCCAAUCCCAGCACCAUCCGCGCUCUGAAGUCCGACCAGAUGUCGCGCCUGGUCAAGAUCCCCGGCAUCGCCAUCAACGCAAGCUCUGUGCGCGCCAAGGCAACUACACUGACUCUGCAGUGCCGGACAUGCCGGGCAAUGCUGAAUGACAUUCCCGUCAAGCCUGGCCUGGAAGGAUACAUGCUGCCACGCAGCUGUAACUCAGAUACUCAGCAGCUCGGGAAACCCAAGUGCCCCGUCGAUCCGUUCUUCAUUGUCCCUGAUAAGUGCAAGUGUGUGGACUUUCAGGUGUUGAAAUUUCAAGAAAGUCCUGAAGCUGUACCGAAUGGUGAAAUGCCGCGACACAUCGAGGUCUACUGCGACCGCUAUCUUGUGGAGAAAGUCGUUCCUGGCAACCGCGUUACCGUUGUAGGAAUCUACUCGAUUCGAAAAGGAGGUGGAAAGCCCAAGCGUGGCGAGGCAGAGAAGAUCAAUGUAGGUAUUCGCCGUCCGUAUGUCCGUGCCCUUGGCUUCGCCGUGGAAACGGAAGGUCCCGGCCGAAGCUCCGCAGUGCCAUUCACUCCUGAAGAAGAGCAUCGCUUCCGCACGUUGUCAGCGCAACCGGACAUCUAUCAGAAAAUCGCCAGCAGCAUCGCCCCGUCAAUCUAUGGCAGUGACGACAUUAAGAAGGCCAUUGCAGCUCUCCUCUUCGGCGGCUCUCGAAAACGUUUGCCUGAUGGAUUGACUCGCCGUGGGGACAUCAACCUUCUGCUACUCGGUGAUCCUGGUACUGCUAAGAGUCAGCUGUUGAAGUUUGUCGAAAAAGUUGCUCCUGUUGGUGUCUACACAUCCGGCAAAGGAAGCAGUGCAGCAGGUCUGACGGCAUCCAUCAUGAGAGAUCCAGCUACUCGCAACUUUGUUGUGGAGGGUGGUGCCAUGGUACUGGCCGACGGUGGUGUUGUGUGUAUUGAUGAGUUUGACAAGAUGAGACAAGACGACCGUGUGGCCAUUCACGAAGCUAUGGAGCAGCAAACCAUUUCUCUGGCCAAGGCUGGAAUCACUACAACGCUUAACAGCCGUUGUUCAGUCUUAGCGGCAGCCAACUCUGUGUUUGGCCGCUGGGACGACACCAAAGGAGAAGAGAACAUCGACUUCAUGCCGACCAUUCUGUCUCGGUUCGAUAUGAUCUUUAUUAUCAAAGACACACACAAUGAGGAGAGGGAUCAGACUCUGGCCAGACAUGUUAUGCGCGUGCAUUUGAAUGCUGCUGCUCGCACGCGUACGGAUGAAGCUGAGGGAGAGCUCAGUCUUGGCGAGUUAAAGAAGUUUGUCAAAUUCUGCCGGAACACUUGUGCGCCACGGCUGUCCGCUGAUGCUGCGGAAAAACUCAAAAGCCAAUACGUAUUGAUGCGCUCUGGGUCACGGGAGCACGAACUAGCAACAGACAAGAGGUCGAGCAUUCCCAUUACGGUUCGACAACUGGAGGCCGUCGUCCGUAUUGCAGAAUCCAUUGCAAAGAUGGGCAUGCAGCCGUUUGCCACGGAAGUUCACAUCGACGAAGCACUGCGUCUCUUCCAAGUCUCUACCCUUGACGCUGCGCUUUCUGGUAGCUUGACCGGCGUGGAAGGAUUCACUCCUGUCGAAGACCAGCAAGAAGUGCAGCGAUGCGAACAGCAGCUGAAAAGCCGUUUCCCUGUUGGCUCCCAGGUGUCGGAACAGCGCAUUGUCUCAGAUUUUAUGUCAAAGAACUUUGCUGAGCGUACCAUCAUGACUGUCAUCCACGUCAUGCUGCGCCGCGGGGAGCUGCAGCAUCGCCUUCAGCGCAAGGUCUUGCUGCGAGUUCGGUGAGUCUCAGCACCAUUCCUCAAUUGCUGUCGCCAUUCAGGCUAGGAUGCCACCACCCUCUCUACUUCAUUUCUGACUUGUACAUACCUUUUCUUUCUCCAUUGGCUCACGACUCUCUUUUUUUUUCUUUUAUGUCCUUGUUGAUGCUGUGAAUAUGUUUUUAUCCUUCUUCUCUUUUUUUUUAAAUGAAGCUGUCCAAUGCUAUUGUUUGCAAGUUAAGUUGUAGAUUGAUAUUUGGAUUAUCCAUGUUUUCAACCGCUCCUCCCUUCCUACUCGUAAGUGCUGGCCACUUUCCCAACACUGUUUUUAGCUCCAGGAACGCUUUCUUUCGGAACUUUGCUACCCUCCUCGCUGUGUGGCCCUUGAACGUUGCUCUAUUACUACCCAUUCUUUCUUUCAUCCUAUCUCUUUGUACGGUAUAGACGACUUGUGUUGGUCACCCGAAUGUUGGGAAAUACAUGACAUUCAUUGUAUGUUA